ACUUGGAGCAGAAAGACGGACAGAGAGAGAGAGAGAGAGAGAGGGAGAGAGAGAGAGGGAGAGGAAAAUCACCCACGGACCACAAACUGCUCACCAGGACCAAAACAUGUUUCCUCCAACGCCCCACCGCAGCAAAAAGUCAUGUGAAAUGAUCCACUCGUGAUCUAAUUUUUUUACACUUCUUCUUAAGCUUUUUGACUGAAAAGUGGACUGUGAUUGAUAGGAAGCGGAAUUGAAGUUGCCAUCGGACAGGUGCAGAAAAUGGCGCCGAGGCUCGCGGCGCUCCUGGCUUUGUGGAGCACGCUGCUGGCGAGCGUGCGCUGCUGCCCAGAGAAGUGCACCUGCCAGGACAAAUUUGCUCACCAGUUUGCCGACUGCGCUUACAAAGACCUGCUGACCGUGCCCGUGGGUCUGCCGUCCAACGUCACCACGGUGGGCCUGUCGGCCAACAAGAUCGAGUCGCUGAAAAGCAAAAGCUUCGUCAACAUCACCCAGGUCACCUCUCUCUGGCUGGCCCACAACGAGAUCGUAUCCAUCGAGAUGGACACCCUGGCCCCCCUGGUUCAACUCCGCAACCUGGACAUCAGCUACAACAAAAUAGUCACCUUCCCAUGGGAGGACCUGCUGAAUCUGACCGCCUUGCAGCUUCUGAAAAUGAACAACAACGAGAUGGUGAACCUCCCCAAGGACGCCUUCUCCACGCUCAAAGACCUGCGCUCACUGCGCAUCAACAACAACAAGUUCACCACCAUCGUUCAGGGCACCUUCGAAGCUCUCACUUCCAUGUCCCACCUGCAGAUCUACAACAACCCCUUCUUGUGCGCCUGCAGCCUGGAGUGGCUCAGGGACUGGAUCGCCACGACCAAGAUCUCUGUUCCUGAGCCCAGUACGAUUCUGUGCGAGGCCCCUGAACACCUGAAGGGUGUCAUGGUUACAAAAAUACCCAAACUGGACUGUCAGGCUCCCGUUGUCACGAUAACUUUCCAGCCCGAUAUUGGCAUCGCGGAGCUAGUUGAGGGUUUAACGGUGGUCUUGAACUGCGAAACCAAGGGAAGUCCCAGACCACUGGUUAGCUGGGAGGUGAUCGCAGGGAGUCAGAAUUUUCUGUUCCCUUUGCCCUCCAUGGACGAGGCCAACAACUUGCCCGUCAACGACAAGACCACCAACAGUCGCUUCCAGGUUUUUCAAAACGGCACCCUCGUCGUCCCUCGCCUGACUAAAAAGGAAGACGGGAAUUACACCUGCCUGGCAGUGAACGAUUUGGGCAAAGCCGAGAGCACGGUGAAACUGUCCCCGGCAGUGAGCAAAAAACACGCAACGGCCGACUCCACCGUGGACAAGAUCCGUCCGUCCCUCAACAAGCCCACUCAUCCCAAGAGCUCCAAAAACAACGUGAUCAACUGGACCAAGGGCGACGACAGGACCAAGAUCAGACCCGACGGUCCCUCAGACAAACAAGACGGCGCCCAUGAGGAGGGGGUUUCUAAAGACCCCUUGUUCACGAGCAAGUGCGGCGUGCGAGACGGCAGCGAGUACGUCUCCAACCACGCCUUCAACAUGAGCCUGGAUGACCUCAAGCAGUACACCUUCGAUUUCGGCGUCAUCGCCCUGGAGGUGUCCGAGACGGAGGCCAAGGUCAAGCUGAAUCCGCUGCAGCUCGCCCGCAGCAAAUCCAACCUUCACCUGAGCCAAAGCGACGACGCGGACACGGUGGUUAGGGAGCCAGUGGGCCUGUACCAGUCGUCCUCCGGGAAGGCCGGCCCAGACAUGCUCUACAUCUGCGUGGACACCGGAAACGGACACUCCCUCAUCAAGUGGUCCAACAUCGAAGACGGGGUCAACUCCUAUCACUUCACCGGAUUACACCCCGGCACCAAUUACACACUUUGUCUCACCUACGGCGGCCAGGAUUGUCAAGUCCAAGUGGUCUUCACGACCAGGAAGAAAAUCCCCUCUCUUCUCAUCAUAGUGGUGGUGAGCAUCUUCCUCCUGGGCCUGGCCACAGUGCCCCUGCUGGGGGCCACCUGCUGCCACCUUCUGUACAAAUACCAAGGGAAGACCUACAAGCUCAUCAUGAAGGCGCACAAUCCCGAUCGGGUGGAGAAGCAAAUGGCCGGCGACUUCGACCGCAGGACGUCCUUCGUGGAAUCGGAGAAGACCUUCAACCCCAGCGAGAUGGAGGGGGAGGGAGAGCCCACCGAGGGAGAGGGUGAUGCCGACGGCAGCGUGGCGACGGAAUCCAUCCCCGGAUCUUCAUCCAAGACCAACCAGGAGGAGUUCGAGGUAGGCUCCGAGUAUAGUGACAGACUACCGCUGGGGGCGGAGGCGGUCAACAUCGCCGAGGAGAUCAACGGAAACUACAAGCAGCCAAGUCGCUGAGAGCCUUGUAAGAUCAUCUUCUUUAUGAGACCCAAAAACUUGAUUUGUGCUCGUAUUUUUUUCAUUUGAUUUCUUUUUUAACCUCAGAAAAAAACUCGCCAAUCACGGAUUGUAGGAGUCUGUUGUAAUGUUAAGCAAUGUCUUUACGCACCAAAAAGAGGCGCUAAUUCACUGCACAAAACAUCGGCUGCAAUUAUUCUAUACCAGUGGUUACCGACCUUUAUUGAACCAAGGCACACAUUUUACAUUUGACAAAUUUCAUGGCACUAAAAUAAAUGAAUAAACGUCACAAAAUCGAAUGAUGGAUACAAAAUUCUAGACGAGCUAGAGCAUUAAAUUGUAAAUAAAUAGUAGGCUAAUUUUGGGAGCAAAGAUCUGAAAUGAUGAGACACCAAUUUUUCGCAGCACACUUGAUGAUAUCUGAAGGCACACUGAAGGUUAUGUGGCGCGGCAUAGUGGUUGCAAAUCACUGCUCCCCAGCACAAAAAUAUGCAAAAAUAAUCAUAAAAAAUACCAAAUCAUUUGAAAUGUAUUGGCACCGUAGGAAUCCAUUUUGUAAAGCCAUUUGUAAUAAUCCGGUUGAAGAAGAAAAAAAAAGCCUCUCAGGAAAUAUCACCGUAUUUGGAUGUGUCCGCCAAACGAGACUUUUGUCUCGAUUUUUAAUCCUUAAAAUGUUUACCGAUCAUUUCCAUCUCAUCCGACACGAUGUGAGGCUUUAAAUGUGUGCGACUCAGCCGAGCCAUCAUCCUAUAUCGUCCAUGGCAUGAUGUCACUGCUGUUUAUACUCGUGUGCUUUUUCUUAUACCAGUAAUGAUAUUAUUUUCAUGUUAGAUGCUGUCAAUCUGUACUGUGAAGCCAUGUACAAUAUUUGUAAUUUUUAAAUGAGUUUCUAUGAAGCACCCAAAACAAACGGACGCAGGAGAGCGUCCGUCGGCUUCUUUGUUCGUGUACUUUAAUAUACUAGUGAGUUUUUUUUUUUUUUUGUGAAAUAUGAUGUAAAACGAAGAAAAGUGAGCUUUCAAGAUUUUUGAUAUCAUUUCUUGUAGG